UACCAAGGAGACGUUAGUCCCUGCCGUGGUGCUAGUGGGUGCUACUUAUCAUAGCUAGCCGUUAAAGUCAAAAAGGAGUGCUCUGGUGCCGCACGUUCAAGAAUACGCGCACUGAUGCAACAUGGCUGAGCUACAUGUUAUCGGCCAGAUCGUCGGGGCGAGUGGUUUCCCUCAAAACAGCCUAUUUUGCAAGUGGGGAGUUCAUACGGGAGGGGCAUGGCGUCUCCUGUCCGGGCUGAAGGAGGGUCAGACCCAGGUGGAUAGCCCUCAAAUCGGAAACAUGGCGUACUGGAGUCACCCCAUUGAUAUGCACUACGCGAGCAAAGGGAUUCAAGGUUGGCCGAAGCUUCACCUCCAAGUGUGGCACCAGGACUCUUUCGGACGCUGCCAGUUAUAUGGAUACGGCUACUGCCACAUCCCUUCAAGCCCCGGGCAACACAGAAUAAGCUGUGCGACCUGGAGGCCGCUCGGUUCCUGGCAAGAGCAGUUCGCGCAAAUGUUUGUCGGCGGAGGACCGCAGCUCCGCAACCCGGACCUCAUAUACAGUGGGGCGGAUAGAUACAGACUGCACACCGAGGCCAUGGGGACCGUCGAGCUGGAGCUGGGCGUUAUCAUGAGACACUUUGACAAAUAUGGCGUCGAAAGUUAACACUCGAUGAACUUAAUGUUGUGCAGGCAGUGGACUAGCUUGUUUGUUUUUUAACAUGGCGUUGUACUAUUUUUUUUAAGAUUUAUGUUUGUACUGUAUUUGUAAAUA